AUGGCGCCGAGGAAAAGAAAGGAUGCUGAAACUUCAAAGGAGACGGCAGCAGCUCCGGCCUCUCCGAGGAGGACCCGAAGCUUCUCCGCCCGAGUACCAGCAUCAGCAGCAGCAGCGCCCGUGCAUAAGCGCCCGAGUAAAAAAUCCACGCCCUCCAAAGUCGAGGACGGGUUGAAAGAAUCAUCGAAACCUGCUGCUGCUGCUGACGUGCCCGAUGCUGUAGGGUCCAAGACCAUCAUAGUCGAAGCCUGCAAACAAUGCACUCAAUUCAAGAAGAGGGCCUUGCUAGUGAAGGAGAGUUUGGAAAAUGGUGUCCCUGAGUCAUUUUGA